AUGGAGACUGCAUACAAGACCUGGGAGCUCGACAACAAUGUGAAGCUGGUGGAUCCCCAAAGAGACGCCCUCUACACCUACGAUGUCGCCGAGCAGAAAAAGAUCAACGACGACAAGCCAUGGAAAUCUGAUCCCCAUCAUUUCAAAAAUGUGCGAAUUUCAGCCGUGGCUCUGCUAAAAAUGGUGAUGCAUGCGCGGUCUGGCGGCGACAUUGAAGUCAUGGGCUUGAUGCAAGGCAAGAUCUCAGGAGAUACUUUCAUUGUUACCGAUGCUUUCCGAUUACCGGUGGAAGGCACGGAAACCCGAGUCAACGCUCAAGACGAGGCGAACGAGUACAUGGUCGGAUACCUACAAGCUUGUCGUGAUCAGGGGAAACUAGAAAACGCUGUUGGAUGGUAUCACAGCCAUCCGGGCUACGGAUGUUGGCUCAGUGGUAUUGAUGUCGGUACACAAGCGACUCAGCAGACGUUCAGCGAUCCUUUCCUUGCUGUAGUUAUUGAUCCAGACCGCACAAUCUCGGCUGGCAAAGUCGAAAUUGGUGCUUUCAGGACAUACCCAGAGGACUACAAGCCAGCAGAGUCUGACGGCGCCGGUGAUGGAUACCAGACCAUUCCUUUAGCGAAGGUAGAAGACUUCGGUGCUCACGCAAGUAGAUACUAUUCUCUUGAGGUCUCACACUAUAAAAGCACUCUUGAUGCCAAUUUGUUGGACCAGCUGUGGAAUAAAUACUGGGUGCAGACUCUGAGUCAAAGCCCACUGUUUACAAACCGAGAGUAUAGUAGCAAGCAAAUGCUUGACCUCAGCUCUAAAGUUCGAGAGGCGGGAAGUAUGAUCUCGCGAAUGAGGGGCCCCCAAGGGGCACAGGGAAAUAAAGCAAUGGACGAGAAAAUGGUCAAGGCUGUCAAAGACGGCAAUAAGAUUGCUACAGAGGAAGUCACCGGGUUAAUGGCUGGAGAAAUUAAGGCUAAGCUUUUCAAUGGCCUGGGGGUUGCAGCAAGACCAACAGCACCUGCUACUGAGCCGGUGGUGGAUACUUGA